GAUUAUUGUUGAUGUCCCUCCUCGCCCUCCUGUUUUUUACCCCCUUGGCUGCAUUUAAUGCCACCGUGUGUAACUGUGAUGGUGCGGCAAACCUGGGAUUCCUGGAAUUCACGGAGGAAGACUGCUCUUUCGAAGCCGCCCCCACUCCACCGGUACCCAUUACGUACGCCAUCUACUCUACACUACCAGAAGUUAAACGCUUUGCUGGCCACACGUGUAGCAUGUGGGUAGCCACCACCACAGUGUACAAGGACUUCAUGCAAUGGAAUCAAGUGUCUUACAGCCGCAACCCCAUCGAAGUGGACGCCGCAACGUGCCGAAGGAUGAGAGACACACGACAAUGUCGAGGAAAGGCGAUGGAUAUAACAGGGCCCAACUCGUUCGCCCUGGAAGGCCACCCGUUCGUGGAAACCAGUUGGCUUCGGACGGCGACAGAAAAGAUGACCAACUGUCGCCUCGAAGAAGUGACCUUACAGAGCGAAUGCCCGAACUGUACCAUCAGCUCUCCACUUGGCGACAUCCCUGGAGCAAUAAACGGCUCUUUCAAACACAACCUCGUGACCCUCGUCUGGGACGAUUCCUGGAAGGAAGCGAAGCCGUGUGAGUUAAGGGUUAUCGAAAAGGGAAUGGGCGUCAAGUACUCGACCGAAAACGACACUACCUUCCGAAUUCGGGACCCAAUUAAGCAGUUGGAUUUUAUAUAUGCAAUGGUAAACAGUUCCGUCUGCGGAGGAGGAAACUUCACUGCCUACCAUCCGGUUCUAGGAAUGGACAGAGUCGUCAUCGCGGUUCGGGAAGCCGCCAAGGGAACCGAUCUCGUCGAGAUGAGGCCAAAAGACGCGGACGCCGUAACCAAGAUGGCGCUAUCCGAAAUGACACGGGCGGAGAUCGAAUACGCCAGUCAUACACAAUACAUCAGAGACUUCGCAAUGGACAUUUCAAACCACCUGGCCCGAGAAAUUCGUAACCUACAAUGCGAAAGCCGGAGAACUGCCUUCCAUGCCGCUACAACGACUGCACAAUACGACGGAUGGUUAGCCGCUAAGCAUCUGGACCUUCCAUUAUGCACCAAGCUACUGGCGGUCGGGGCGUCCGUGUCCGUUUUGCAGUGUUUUCCCAGCAACGUCACCUUCGAGACGGUUUUCACGCCAUGUGGAGCCCAACCUCGGUGGGGCAACCAGACCAUCAACGUGGAAGGCUGGGAGCUCACGAAGUACUCCGAUUGCUACUGGCACGCAAACUUCGUCAACUUCAACGGCAAAGCCCACACCUUCAAGAACAACACCUGGAUGCCAAUCAACCCCAACCUAAAGAUACAAGGCCGCCGUUUCAUCGACACCAUGCCCCUGGAGGUCGAUAACUCGUUGGGCAUGAUACUGCAGUUGCACCCAACAAUAACGUCGCAUCCCUUAAGUGCUUCAACCAUCAUGGCCGACAUCCUGGCAUACAUACAGAUGGGCUAUGUCACAGAAAUGUCGGGCGAACGACACGUCAACACAGUCCUCGUCCACCCCGGACAAGCACAAGACAUCUCCUUCAUGGCAAGGAUCGGAUACUGGCUCCGGAACUUCGGCAUCAUGUCGGGAGUAGGAGUAUCCAUUGCUCUGGCUUUCCGAUUUUGCGGACUCGGUUCCCUCCUGGGUCUCUAUAUCCCCUGCUGUCGGUACUUUAACCCGUGCAGUUGGUUAACGCCACCUCAACCUGCUCAUCGAGACAUUGAGUUGGGACCCCAAGCAACCACCAACUUGGCCCCAACUGCUCCGGUCACCAUUGUUAAUAUACCCCCGCCCCCAACUCCCGCCGGUUCCACAGGGCGGCUAGGAUUAAACCAACAACCAUACCUCAUCCCACCCAUUUCACAUCCUCGUAGCCUAGCCCAACACAGAGAAGCAGCAGCCCUCCUCUCGCGUCCCUAGUAUUAAAACCCCACGCGUUGAUUGCCCCCUUAAUUUUUCAUGUAUCAUGCAAUGUCGUAGAUUUUAUGUUAGUGUCCCUUAGAAUAAACCCACCCAGAAUCGUGCAGAGUAUACCAUGUACCCCGUAACACCCCACCAACCCUUCGACACCAAGC